AUGCAAUUAUUUCAAUAAGAUCAUAUCAAUAAGUUUUUGGCUAAAUUUAAAAAUGAUAAGCUUGAGACAUAGUUUCUUAACAGCUUAGAGAGAAAGAGAUAGAUUCCACUAUACUUAGUUCUUUUGGCUGAGGUAAUAUGGGCUGCAAUGAGAUUAAUAAUGGGUGUUGAUCAAUAAAAUGAGCUAUAAACAUUAUUAGUUUGCUCAGGAUUCAUGCUUAUAUUUAGAUUUACCCCUUCACGCUUUUAGAAGUACUUGCUUUUGAUAGGAUAGGUUUAUUCUACUUACAAUGUUUAGACCUACUUACUGGAGUACAAUUCUAAUAGUUCUAAGGAUAUCAGCACUUUUUAAAUAAAUUUUCAGAAUGGAAUGAUGCAAGUAAUAUAUUAUGUUUUAGAGAGCUAAAAUUUUGCUUUGGAAAUAAUUAGUAUGCUUACCAAUUUUUCAAUUCUUGUUUACUAUAUGCAGAUGCCCACAGCCUAUCUUGAAGUUUACAUUAUGUCGUUCCUUAUUCUAAUUAUUUGCAAACAUUAUCAAAAUGUAAACUAAAGGAGACUUUUCUUAAGUCUAAAGAACUUUGAAGAAUUAGAGAAAAUAAAUAAUCUUGCACUGUCUAAUAUUUUGUUUAUUCAACAAUUUGAUAAACGGACUUACGAAAUGAAAUUAAUAGAUUGCAACGAAAAAGCCAAAAAGUUUAACAUACACAAAAGCUAAGAAAUUUAUAAUGAUUUUUUAUAGUCAAUCAGUGUUUCAGAUUUAAAACUUUCAUCUUCUAUGCUGAUAGGUAAAUCUAAUAUCAAAAAACUUGAAACUUUAAAGGAUAUCUUGUUGAUUUAGCAUGCUCAUGUAUAUGAAGAUAUGGUCAAAAAAAAGGAAGAAGAGAAAAAAAAAUAAAAAAAGGAAAAGAAAUUAAAUUAAUAAGAAGAUGAAUCACUACAUCUUUUGAAUGGAGAUUUAAAGGUUAGUUGGACAGAUCAGGAAUCAAAGAAAAAAUAUAAGUUUAAUGUGAAAAUUGUACCAAUUUAUAUAAAUGAGCCACUUUUGUUUGUCUUUCUUGAAGAUAUCACCAUCUACUCAAAAUUCACUAAUUUAAAGGUGAAUAAGGAUAAUGAAUUUCUUCUUCAACAAUCAACUAUUUCCUUUUUAAGUGAUAAAUUACAAGAAAUUAUGGUAGCUGCGCAAAUAUCUGUCAAACAAAUGCAAAGAUAAUUAAUUUCUAUAAAUUAAGCUCUAAAUUUCCUCAAGAGAUAAGAGCUUAGUUAAAUUUAUACUGAGGAAUUUUCUUUGUCAACUAUUAUAAAUUAGGUUAUGAAGCUAUAUGAAGACUUUCCUCAAAUAAAAUAUAUAAAUUAACUUGUUAAUGAUUAAAUAAAAUCGUACAGACAAAUUUUGUUCAGUGUAAUUCUAGCUAUUUUUAGCUCAAUAAAAAAUCCAAAAGAGAUAAUGCAAGUUAUUACAAAGCCUAGUCAAAAUAAAUUCUCUACAGCAAUAAAACUAGAGAUAAUAAUUGGCAAUAUAGGUAAAAACGUAAUCUAGUACAAACAAUAAUUAAAUUUUUAUAAUUCUCUUAAUUACUCUUUAUUUUUUGAGGCUUACAAUAAUUAUAUCAAAAAUUUAAUGCAGAAAAUUUGUUUGAACAACUACUACAGCAUCGAAACUGAUUUAGAAAAUGACACAAUUACUCUUUCCAUAGAAAUUUUGUAGGAUUUAUAAGUAUUGAAUAAUUAAAACUUAGUUGAAAAUAAAGACUUAAAAUUAACCUAAUCUCCAUAUAUCAAUUAUACUGAAUCAAACAAUAAUAUGAUUACUAACUAAUCAUUUAUGCUAGCCUCUUAAUUAUAAACCCUACGUACAGAAAACAUUUCAUUACCUCUCGCUAAAGCUAUUUACAAUUUCCCUAAUACAAAGAUUACAAAUUUUUGA